AUGGCCGAAGGAAAUGGUAUUGCGGCCCCAGUUUUCUCGCACGAGUACGAGGAUAAAGCUAUAGGUGAGCCAUCACCUAAAAGAAUCAAAACCGAAGAUACGUCCGAGGUGGAAAUAACGCAGACUAUCUCAUCUCCAGACGUGAAAACUAUAGAGACAGUAAACAAUCACAAUCAGACAACCCAGGAUAACCCAACGGAAGUAAAAUUACCUACUGUUUCCAAUUCUCAAUCUCCAAUCGUCCUUCCUAUACCGACUCCACAAAACAACAACACAUCAAUUCCCAUAACUGCAACUACUACCACAACAACAACAACAGCACCAGCACCAGCACCAGCACCACCGCCACAACAAAAGGAGUCUGUCAUAAAUACAAAUUCAACCACGACACUACCACCACAUCUACCACCACCCAUCCCAGUUCCACCACUAGAAAUCAAGAAAAUAAACCGUUUGGUUUUGCUCUACGAUAAGCCCCGAUAUUACCAUACAAUCAUCCAAUUGAAAGAACUACGAGAACUUCCCAACAAUUAUGUAACUGUGCUUGAAAUAGGAACCAUCGAUAAAGUGCUAAAGGAAACUACCAUCUCUUCAGUUAAAUUUGAUCAUUUCCACAUGAGCAUUGAAUACAAUGACCAGUUUGAACUGAAUUUACGGAAAUUCAUUGAAUUUUUAAAGAACAACCAGAAAAUGAUUGAUGAGGUCGGUGAUAUUGCAUACCAUAUCCAUUUUGAACCAGGAAAGAAGUGGCAGGAUUAUAAGCCAAGUGAAAUUAAAGAAUAUUAUAACUUCUUGGAAGCCUUGAAGGACACAGCUGGUGAUAAAGUGGUGCACUGUUCUGUGGUUAAUAAGUAUGACAUGGACACAGUUUACAUAACUGAAAAAGCCGAGCUUACAAAACUAGGAAACGAAAUUCAAGAGGAUAUACAAUAUUGGAAGAACCUCAAGAUACUAGAUUACGGUGAGAGCAGUAUUCGAUUUCUCCCUGGUGUAAAACUUCCUGAUACGCUAGAAGUGUUGAAUAUAGGCGGUGGGUAUGCAUUAGAAACGUUGACUGGAUUUAAAAUGCCACCUAAUUUGCGGGCAUUAUUGGCAGGGCAAGGUGCAGUACAUUCUAUUGACAACAUAACGUUCCCAACUACACUUGAACGACUUGAAAUUGAAGAUAACAAAAUCUACUUUUUGAAUUACGUUGAGUUCCCGGCCCUGCUUAAACAUCUUGAUGUAUCCCAGAACAGAAUUGAGAGCUUGAGAGGAGUCAACUUUCCACGGGGAUUGCAAUCUUUGAAUAUCGGGUUCAACCCUAUUGAGUCUGUAAGGGGAAUAAAGUUUCCUGAAACUCUCCGCAAACUUGAAGUGUCCAAUAUCCCCAACGAAUCAAUGACGGGUGUCAAAUUUCCCGAACUGUUGGAAGUGUUGAAUUUACAGUCUUCCAUGACAAACACCAGAGGGUUGAAAUUGCCGCAACAUUUAAAGACAUUAAUCUUGACUGGGAACGGAGUCAAUAGUAUAAAUCCGUUGAAAUUGCCAAACACUAUAGAAGUUCUUUACUUGAACCAAAACAACAUCAAAACAUUAAACAAGGUACAGCUUCCACCAAAACUACGUGAACUAUAUCUCGGAGAUAAUCUUAUUACUACAUUGAAGAAUGUUACGUUCCCAUCCACACUCGAAGUUCUUGAUUUAGAGAAUGAUCCAGAAUCAAUUGAAAAUGAUAAACAUAUAACCACAUUGAAAGAUGUUGUACUACCACCAAAUCUCAAGAUCAUGAAACUCGGCUAUCAUGCUAUAAAAGCCAUUGAGUCUUAUGAGUUCCCCACCAGUUUGAGGUUUCUUAGUUUAGCCUAUAAUGAACUUAGGCAGAUCAAGAAUAUCAAGUUUGGGAACCAUUUGAAAACGUUGGAUUUAAGUGGCAACCCCGAGCUUUUAAGUCUUGAUAAUGUGAUUAUUCCUGAAUCGGUUACAGAAUUGAGAAUUUCUCCCCAGUUGAUUGGCAAUUUACCCGCCUAUAUCAUAGAAAGAGCCAACAAGAACCGCUUAAUCAUUAAGAAAUCUGCUACAUGA